GGCUUUCUCUUCCUCCCCGCCCAGACGAGAUGAAGCUGCUCGUGCUGGCUGCCUGGCUCUCAGUGGCCGACACGGCGGGAGGAGCCCGCACGAGGGCCUUCUGGCAGUUCGGCAACAUGAUCUCGUGUCUGAUCCCUAACAUCUCACCUUACCACACAUUUAACAAGUACGGCUGCUUCUGUGGCCGGGGUGGAAAGGGCGCCCCCGUGGACGCGCUGGACAGGUGCUGCCAGACACACGACAGAUGCUGGGGCCAAGCCGUGGAGUUGGGACACUGCAGCUCUCUCCUGGGCUUCAUGACCCUCCUGAGAAUAUACUCCUACUCCUGCACCGACAAAGACAUCACCUGCAGUAGUGAAAAUGGCCCCUGCACAGAUUUCCUCUGCAAAUGUGACCGCGCUGCUGCCAUUUGCUUUGCCAAGGCCCCGAGGCCCCGGGAGGAGUACUACAACCUGGACAGAGAGAAGUUCUGUAGGGAAUGA